AUGGAGGAGGCUUAUAAGCAGUACGCAAAUCAAGCGCGUCGCAAGAACCGCUCCAGCACGAACCUCAACCACCUCUCCCUCGCUCCCUUCACCUCGAGGCUACCCCUCCAAGACGACGAUGCUCUCCCCGACCACCUGACCUCGCCGCACCACAACACAUCCUACUUGGAGGGGAAGUCCGCUCCCACUACGCCGGGCCUGCUGUCCCGUUCGCCCGCCCGGUCCAAUUCUCACGCCCGCCGCUCCUCGGUGCCGCAUGCCGACCUGCCCAAGAGCAAGUCGGCCACCCACCUGGCGCCCGCCGCCAGCGAUCGGAAGUCCCACAACCGCAAAUCCGUCUCCGGCACCACCUCGCCAGCGGUGCGUCGCCGCAAGGACAAGGACGACUUCUCUGUCCGGGACCGGAACGACAAUGACUGGCUGCUGAGAACAGGCGCGCUCAUCAGCAACGAGAACCGCGAAUUCAAAGGUCAGGCGUGGCUGGUGUCGAGACAGAGCUCUACCAGCUUGACGGGUAUGCGGGACGCCGAUGAGGAGGCCUUCGAGAGGGAAUUGGCCCGGGAGCGAGAGCUUGCUAGCCGUCGGAGCAGCCGGCGCGGCAGCCUCGUCGACCUGGACGGCGCCUAUACCCACUCCGCCAGGCCUAGCCGUCCUGGGAGUCGGUCGGCCAGCAAAGUCGGCAACCGGAACCAGAUGUUGACACCCAUGGAACGCCAUUCCUUGGACGAGGGAUACUUCCCUCGUCACGAAGGCGAGGAUUAUAUCCCCGGCCCCGACUUCGUCAAUCUCGACGAGCAGCUCGAGUCUUACGAACCUGACACAACGCAAGAUGACGAGGCUGCCGUCAGAAGGCUUGUCAAGGGAGAAAGAGCUGGUGGCGCCUCCUGGGUCGGUAACCUCUUGGGAUGGCCGUUGUUCGCAGUUGAAGAGAAUGAGGAAGAUUCGGAUGACGAAGACGCCGACGGGGACUUCGAAGUCGAGGGUGAUGAGGAGGGAGCGCGGGAGCUACACCGGUCGUGGUCAGCCCGUCAUUUCGAGAGCGUUGUCAACGCUUCUGACGGCCGGGUCCCGCCCCCGAAAGCCAACGAGGGUGGCUGGCAGGAUGCCGCAUGGUUGCUCAGCGUAGCUACCAAGGUUUUGCUGUGA